AUGUUCCUCAGCGACGACGAGAUCUCCGCGUUCCGCGAGGUCUUCUCCCUCGUGGACAAGGACGGCAGCGGCGAGAUCGACGCGGAAGAGGUGUCCGAGCUGAUGGAGUUGUUGGGAAUGUCCGCGGACAAGUCGACCGUCGAGACGAUGAUCAAGGAGAUCGACGCCGACGGGAACGGGAACGUGGACUUCGACGAGUUCUUGCUCGUCAUGGCCGGCGGGCAGAGCGACGGGAGCUUCACGAAGAGAGACAUCAUGCGCGCGUUCAGGGAGUUCGCGGACAAGUCGCUCCCGAGCGGGUUCAUAUCCCCGACGACGCUGGAGGAGAGCAUCGUCAAGUACAGCAGGGAGCCGGUCACCGCGCAGAGAGCGCAGUCGCUCGUCGCGGCGCUGCGACGGGACCCGAGCGGGAACAUCGACUACCUGGAGAAGAUACAGGCGCUCAUGAACUGA